AUGCCAGAAAGACUCGCAGAAAUGCUUAUGUAUACAUGGGCUCCAUUAGUCAUAUUAUGGAUUACUGUAUUCCCAUCCAUGUACAUGGCUCCAAUGAAUGAUUCACAAGGAUUACCAAGUGGAUCCAUGAGAGGACUAAAUGAAAUAAGUGAAGAGCAAAAAGUGUUGAACCGUUCAAAGAGGGGCUGGGUAUGGAAUCAAAUGUUUGUGCUGGAAGAGUUUUCUGGACCGGAACCUAUAUUAGUUGGUCGGCUACACACAGACUUGGAUCCUGGAAGCAGCAAGAUCAAGUAUAUCCUAUCGGGUGAUGGAGCUGGAACUAUCUUUGUGAUUAAUGACAAGACAGGGGACAUUCAUGCAAUGAAAAGACUUGACCGGGAAGAAAAAGCCGAAUACACGCUAACGGCCCAAGCUGUCGAUAGGGAUACAAACAAACCUCUGGAGCCUCCUUCAGAAUUCAUCAUUAAGGUUCAAGACAUCAAUGACAAUGCACCAGAGUUUGUCGAUGGUCCGUAUCAUGCAACUGUUCCAGAAAUGUCCAUUGUAGGUACUUACGUUACUAAAGUGACAGCCACCGAUGCGGAUGAUCCUGUUUACGGAAACAGCGCCAAGCUGGUCUAUAGCAUCUUGGAAGGGCAGCCUUAUUUUUCUGUGGAACCACAUACAGCAAUUAUUAAAACUGCCCUUUCAAACAUGGACCGAGAAGCCAAAGAGGAAUACUUCGUUGUAAUCCAAGCAAAAGAUAUGGGCGGGCAUAUGGGCGGCCUCUCUGGGACUACGACUGUGACAAUUACCCUUACUGACGUCAAUGACAAUCCUCCCAAGUUUGCACAGAGUUUGUAUCAUUUCUCAGUAUUGGAAGACAUUUCUAUUGGCGAACCAAUAGGAAGAAUUAAAGCAAAUGACCUGGAUAUUGGCGAGAAUGCUAAAUCAUUCUAUGAUAUUAUUGAAGGAGAUGGAAUGGAUAUAUUUGAAAUCACCUCAGACUCCCAGACUCAGGAAGGCAUUCUUAGACUGAGAAAGCCCCUGGACUAUGAGGCCAAAAAAUCCUAUACUCUGAAAGUAGAGGCAACCAAUGUUCAUAUCGAUCAACGUUUCAUCAGUGUGGGGCCUUUCAAGGAUACGGCAACAAUCAAGAUCGUAGUAGAGGAUGCGGAUGAGCCCCCCAUCUUUUCAUCACCGGAUUAUCUACUAGAAGUGCAUGAAAAUGCUGCAAUUGACUCUGUGAUUGGCCAGGUGACUGCUCGUGACCCUGAUAUAACGUCAAGCUCCAUAAGGUUUUCCAUCGAUCGGAACACUGACCUUGAGAGGCAGUUCAACAUUAAUACGCAAGAUGGACGGAUAACUUUGGCAACCCCACUGGACAGAGAAACCAGCGUGUGGCAUAACAUCACCAUUGUGGCAACAGAAGACAAAAACCCCAGUCAAAUAUCCCGAGUGCCUGUUGCUAUCAAAGUUCUCGAUGUAAACGACAAUGCUCCUGAACUGGCAUCAGGGGAUCAAGCCUACCUGUGUGAAAACGGAAAAUCUGGAAAAAUCAUUCACACCAUGAGGGUCACUGACAAAGAUGAUCCCAAGAAUGGACACUACUUUGUUUAUAACCUACCACCUGAACUGGCAGACAACUCCAAUUUCACAAUCCAGAAAAAGAAAGAUAAUAGCCUUGACAUUUUGACCAAACGUGGUGGAUUCAGCAGGCAGAAGCAAGAAGUGUAUCUUCUACCAAUCAUUAUUAGCGACAGUGGAAAUCCUCCAAUGAGCAGCACCAGCACUCUCACUAUCAAGGUCUGUGGUUGCAGCAAUGAAGGAAUUGCCCAAUCCUGCAAUGCUGAAGCUUAUGUACUCCCUAUUGGUCUCAGCAUGGGAGCUCUAAUAGCAAUACUCGCCUGCAUCAUUUUGCUGCUAGUCAUUGUGGUCUUGUUUGUGACCCUGAGGAGGCACAAGAACGAGCCUCUGAUCAUCAAAGAUGAUGAGGAUGUGAGGGAAAACAUCAUCCGAUAUGAUGACGAAGGAGGUGGUGAAGAAGAUACGGAAGCAUUUGACAUUGCAACUUUGCAAAACCCCGACGGAAUAAAUGGAUUUUUACCCCGCAAGGAUAUUAAACCCGAUCUUCAGUUUAUGCCCAGACAGGGACUAGCACCUGUACCUAACGGUGUUGAUGUUGAUGAAUUCAUCAACGUACGGCUUCAUGAAGCUGAUAAUGAUCCUACCGCUCCUCCAUAUGACUCAAUCCAGAUUUAUGGGUAUGAGGGAAGAGGCUCAGUGGCUGGUUCCCUAAGCUCCUUGGAGUCUUCAAAUUCAGACUCAGAUCAGAAUUUUGACUACCUCAGUGAAUGGGGCCCCCGUUUUAAAAGACUUGGAGAACUUUACUCAGUUGGAGAAAGCGACAAAGAAACUUGACAGUGGAUUACAAACUUGGGGUUUUUUUUCACUCUUGACUUAAACACUCAUGUA